AUGAAUAAUCAAGAGAAUGCAUCCGUAUUUUCACAGGAAGUAAAAAUAACGGAAAAAGAUAUUGAGAAAGUCAUGGAUUUGCCGGUACGUACCCAUGUGCGUAUCCGAGGAAUUCAAAGAAUUCAUCCUCGCGUAAUAAGUCGUGAUGUUGAGGCUAUUAAACGCUCAAGGACAAUAACUGAAAUUACGAGCAACAUGAGUGAAGCAAAGAGUAGAUGGGUACAAAUGGGUGUUUUUAACUCAGUAAACUUUAAUUUAGAGCCCACCUACGAUGGCGAAGCCAACGAUGUUUGUGUCCACAUAGAUGUUGAAGAGUCCAAACCUAAAAAAUCAUUUGGCAUCUUUACAACUGAAACUGUAGUUCCGGAGUUGACUAUUUCUUUAGAAAAUAUUCUUGGAGGUAGGUACACAUUGUCUGGGAACUAUAUCCCUCCAACAUCACGAACUCAUGCUGCAUCCUUUUCGAUUCUUUCCAAUGUUCCAUUUUUGGGACAAGUGGGAGAGUACUACAUUGGAAAACGGACUGAAAAUAAGAUAUAUCACCCCGCUAGUAGUGAAAGAAUAGAAGAAAUUCGAGCUACUGCAAAGAAUGAAAAGCGAGGAUUUUUUUCGGAGUUUUCAGUUGGCUUUCAGCGAAGACUUUUGGUUUCAAAGGAAAAAGAACAUUUAAAUUUAGAUCUUUUAAAUGACUUUUCUACUACGUUUAAAGGAUAUAUGAGACAUGAAUUGGCUUUAUCGAAUACAGGAUAUCAUGCGGAUCCUUUUUUAUCUAACAUGUAUCCUUUACCAAUACAAGGAAACCAAAUAAGUAUAAAAAAUGAGCUCGCUGGCGGUCCCUUUGGAGGUCAAUUUACGUUUUUGAAAACAGAAAUACAGGCAGCAAAAUAUUGGCCGCUUGGACCUUUUUGUAGUUUUCAAUGGAAUACUAAAUUAGCGGGUAUAUGGUCUUAUCGACAGGCUAGAAUACCGUUAAACGACCGGCUUUUUCUUUCAAACUGUCAUGUUCGUGGGUUUAAAAGUGUGGGGCCUUCAACUCUUGAUAUUAUUCAAAAAGAAGGGGGUCGAUUUGCUGCAACAGGCGGUAAUGCACUUUGGGCGACAUCAAUUAGUGUAAACUUUCCAUUUAUCUUCUUUCCUCAUAAUGGAUUAGCGGCUAUGCAUCUUUUUGCGAAUUUGGGUAAUUUAAAAAUGAUACGAUAUCAAUCAGAGUUCUUGGACAUUUACCAGUGGCUUCGCUCUUCUGCUGCCUCAGUAGGGUUUGGUGUGGUGGUAACCAGAAUUCCAUUGUUUGGUGUUGCCCCUAGCGGACGCUUUGAAUUGAAUUUCUCAAUUCCUGUAGGUAUUGAUAGAAGCGGAAAUGUUACCUGGAGAAAUGGCAAUAAAAAUCUGUUUGAACACGUCAAAUUUGGAUUAACGUGGUCUUCAGCCUUUUCAUUGUAA